UUAUUUUUUACUCCUAUUUUUUUAAAUAAAAAUUUAGGCACGACAAUCAAAUGUGGAAAUACAUAAGAGAAUUAAGACUGUUAUAGAAGCAAUCGUCUCGUAAUUAUGACGAAAUAAAUGAGAACACAGCUUAAAUUAAAAAAAUUACACUAUCUACAAAUUAAAGAUUUUAACUUUAGCAAGAUUUCAAGCUGACAUUAAAAUAAAAUCAUUACUGAAAUUAGGAUAUAAUUUAACUAAUAUAACAUAACAUAAUCAAAACUCAUUUUCGCAGUAAACCUAUAUAGCAAAUUAUGAACCGCAGAUAUUGAAACUAUAUUUCACUGUAUAAAGAAAGAUUUAUCUUGUUUUUUUUUUUAAUAUUUUAAGCAGACACUCAUAACUACACUGGUACGAAUUAUUUUUAACUACAAUUUAACUUGUAACUAGUAAGUUUAUUUAUUUAUUUAAGCAUAAAUAUAAGUUAAUAUAUGGAUUACUAUAUUGAUAAAAACUAUUUUUUUUCCAACUCAAAGGAAUACGGCACUGUUAUUCUUUAUUACAGGUUAUUCUGUAGCUAUUUAUAUCUUAUAGGACAGUACCUAAACUAGAUAGAAUAGCACCAGAGUUGUACUGUGUAUACAGUGUUUAUUAUUACUUUUCUGAUUUCAUUGAAUUGUACAAGUACAUCUUAUAAAAUAAAGUUGUAAUUGUUAAUUUUUAGGUAAUUAACACCAAGUUUCCGAAUACGCAAAUUUCUUCAGGAGCGAAUUCCACUAAUGUAAAACGUUUAUUAACGUUCUCGAUUCGAUUCCGAUCCAGCUUCGACUAUUGCUCAUAAAAAAUGCCUCAGCUGGAUCGGAAUCGAAUCGGUCCCUACGUCCCUUAUCGCCUAGUGUAAAAUGUCAUUGUUCUAACAUAGGUAGUUAGUCCUUAGUAUCAUGACCAUUUGUAAUAAAAAGUAAAAGUGUUCUGUGUUUGUUACAACGUUACAUUAACCCAUAGACAGAGAAACGAAUAGUCCAGUCAGUAUGGACAAAAAUUGUGCUUUGGCUUGCAAAAGGUAAUGUAGUUACAAUUUUGAAAUAUUCAUCAAAAAAAAUCAUUUAUAAUAUGUCGUUUAGGUUUGUACUCUGAUGAAAAAUCCAAAUUUGUAACCUUGAAGUGUUGCCACUGACACCACCAUCUUGGAUGUAAGUUAAUAAAAUCUGUUUUUUUUUUUCAAUAUAAUACCUCAACCGUUGAUCCUACGAAUAAAAACGUUUUAUAUAAACUUGAAGAAAUUAUAAUGUCACACAUUUUUUGUUAUUUUAUAUUAUUUUACAGCUUUUCCACACCAAAAUAAGAUUAUAUGGCGAAAUGUAUUCCACAUUGUAAUGUCUAUUAUUAUUAAUAAUACGAUAAUCAGCAUGAACAUUUAAUCCAGAUAACAGCUAAAGCCUACCUAGUAUGCUAGGUUUAGUAUUGAGAGUAAGCAAAGAUUUUAAAUGUAACUCAACAUUCGUUCUUUUGUAUAAAGCACUGGUUCGAUCUAUUUUGGAAUAUGAAUCUAUAAUUUGGAAUCCACAAUACAAUUUAUACAUAGAGAUGUUAGAAAAAAUUCAAAGGAAAUUUAUAAGAUACCUUAAUUUUAAAUAUCGUGCAACAAAUGAAAUUUUUCCAAUUACCCUACUAGUUGAUCGUCGAACGCUGAGAAAUCAAUUAUUUUUGUUUAAAUUAAUUAGGAGUGAUUUAGAUUCACCAUAACUUCUUAAUUGCUUAGUUUCAGGUGUCCUAAUGUACUUACACGAAAAAAGGCUUUGUUUAGCCCUUUUUAAGAACUAAUUAUGCGUAUAUAUAUAGAGUUUGUUAGUAAUAUAAAUCAAUCUCAAACUUUAAGAAUUUUGUGUUAAGAGCCUAUAAAUAUAAUUCUUUAAUUUAAAUUUACCCUUUUCUCAUGAUUUUUUAUUAUUAUUAGUUUGUCCUGCUCUAAUUAUCUUUUAUUUAUAAGUGGAACUUGACUGGUAUGUGUGUGUGUGUGUGUUAAUAUUAUACAUCAUCAUUAUCAUCACGAUCAUCGCUCCCUCUGCUCAACAUUCCAUGCUCGAGAGUGCACCUGUGUUUGCGCAUACACUUGUGCACUAUAAUAUCUCCUGCGCAGUUAGCUAAUCUCUCUUGAGAUUGGCCGCCGUGGCCGAAAUCGGUCUGGAGGACAUUAUUUUUGUUAUAUUUAAUUUUUAUUUGUAUUUAUUUAAGGCUUUAAUGUAUAUAAUUAUUACUGUAUGUCAUGUUGGUGAUCCUAAAUAAAUUAAAAAAAAAAACAUCUCGUUUUGUUUUUAAUCCUGAAAAUAAUUUAUCCCCCAAAACAAGGAAUGCAGUUAGUAUGACAACAUUAUACGCAACAUUGACAGACUAUCUCUGUUUUAAUCAUGGUUUCACGGUCCAUAAUCCAUUGGUCUAUUAGUUUCUCUGUCUACGGUUAAGAGUUAAGACUGUCAUUUAUUAUUGCUUUAAGAAUUCAAGACCUAUGUUAUUAUAAAAUGAUUCGUUUGGCUUACCUACUACUAAUACAUAUUUAUAACAAUAAUUAAACGUGCAAUGAAUGCCUAGUGUUUGAUGAAAAUAUUAGUUAUAGAUUUUUUUUUAAUCUUAAAUAAAUUAAUGUAAAAAAAGAGAAAUAUUCAGCCUACAACCAAUGUUGAGAAACAGCUCAAACAGACUAAACGAGAAAAUAAUUAGAUGUGGAUGGUUAAAUGAUGAUCCACUCUAUAUAUCUUACCAUGACAAUGAGUGGGGCAAGCCAGCUUAUGAUAAUAUAUACCUCUUUGAAAUGCUUUGCUUGGAAGGACAACAAGCAGGAUUGUCAUGGAUAACAAUUUUGAAAAAAAGAGACAACUACCGUAAACUUUUUUAUAACUUUAAUCCAAAUGAAAUUGUUCAAUUUAAUGAUAAUGAUGUAAAAAGGCUUUUAUCUAAUCCUGAUAUUGUUAGACAUAAAGGUAAAAUAGAGGCAAUUAUAAAAAAUGCAAAAUGUUAUAUUGAAAUGAAAAUGAAUGGAGAGGAUUUUUCUAAAUUUGUUUGGAACUUUGUCGACAAUAAUCCAAUAGUUAAUAAUUGUACAAAUGAUCAAAAAAUGCCAUCAUCUACUGUCACCUCUAUAGCACUUUCUAAGGCUUUGAAGAAAAAAGGGUUUCAAUAUGUUGGUUCAACCACUUGUUAUGCUUUUAUGCAGGCCUGUGGCUUAGUUAAUGACCAUGUUAAUGAUUGUAUCAGUAAAAAUUAAAACUAGUAUUAAGUUUCUUGAAUAAAUAAUAAAAA